UGAACUUUUUUACAGCGCAUAACCCGCUCUACCAGUUAACUUUAUUCAUUCAUUAAUCUGUCAGCUACAUCUGAACUUUUUGUGCUGUUGUUUUUUGCGAAAAUCAGAUCCAGGUUCUUCUGGAACAGCAUGAGGUGAACCUGUAGAGCACAUCCCUUCAGCCUCCAGCCUCCUCACCCAGCCUCGCGGAGAAGAUGCCGCUGCACGUGGAGGGACUGCUGGCGAUUGUUGUCUUCUACCUGCUCAUCCUGUUCGUCGGGAUCUGGGCCGCGUGGAAGAACAAGAACUCGGGGGUGGGAGGAGGUUUGGACCAGAGCGAGUCCAUCAUGGUGGGCGGGCGGGACAUCGGGCUGUUUGUUGGGGGAUUCACUAUGACAGCCACCUGGGUCGGGGGAGGAUAUAUUAAUGGAACAGCAGAAUAUGUGUAUUUGCCCAGCUACGGCCUGGCCUGGGCACAGGCACCGUUUGGUUAUGCACUCAGCCUGGUCGUAGGUGGUCUGUUCUUUGCAAAACCGAUGCGCUCUCGAGGUUAUGUUACGAUGUUGGACCCCUUCCAGCAGCUGUACGGCGAGAGAAUGGGUGGUCUUCUCUUUAUUCCCGCCCUGAUGGGAGAGAUAUUCUGGUCAGCAGCCAUCUUAUCAGCCUUGGGUGCUACGUUAAGUGUGAUAGUGGACAUCAAUAUAAACAUGUCUGUAAUGAUAUCAGCGCUCAUCGCCAUCUUCUACACGCUGGUGGGAGGGCUUUACUCGGUGGCCUACACAGACGUGGUUCAGCUCUUCUGCAUUUUUAUAGGCCUGUGGAUCAGUGUUCCAUUCGCGUUAGCCAACCCUGCGGUGUCUGAUAUCGGCGUGACGGCGGUGAGGAAGGUGUUCCAGACUCCCUGGCUGGGGAAGAUUGAGCCGGCGGACGGAUGGAUGUGGGCGGAUAACUUCUGUCUUCUGAUGCUGGGGGGAAUACCGUGGCAGGUUUAUUUUCAGAGAGUUCUUUCAGCAUCGUCGGCUUCAUACGCUCAGGUUCUCUCCUUCCUCGCCGCUUUCGGCUGCCUGGUUAUGGCCGUCCCCUCCGUCCUGAUUGGAGCAAUAGGAGCGUCUACAGACUGGAAUCAGACGUCGUACGGCUCCAUUCCCCCCAUGGAGAAAGACGAGUCGGACAUGAUUCUGCCCAUAGUUCUGCAGCACCUCUGUCCUCCAUUCAUCUCCUUCUUCGGCUUGGGUGCGGUGUCAGCUGCUGUGAUGUCAUCGGCAGACUCCUCCAUCCUUUCAGCCAGUUCCAUGUUCGCACGGAACAUCUACCAGCUCGCCUUCCGCCAGUCGGCAUCGGACCGAGAGAUCGUCUGGGUGAUGAGGAUCACUAUCUUUGUGUUUGGCGCUUUGGCGACUGCCAUGGCCCUCCUGACGGGUACGGUGUACGGACUGUGGUAUCUGAGCUCCGACCUGGUCUACGUCAUCAUCUUCCCCCAGCUGAUCAGUGUGCUCUUCAUUAAGGGAACCAAUACUUACGGUUCGGUAGCCGGCUACAUCUUUGGUCUCCUGCUGCGUAUUGGCGGAGGGGAACCGUACCUUAAACUGCCCCCUUUCAUCUACUACCCGGGGUGGAUAGAAGAAGAGAAGGUACAUCAUCUGACCGGAGAAGUGGAACACAUCGUGGUGCAGAAGUUUCCUUUUAAAACAGCCGCCAUGUUGGCCUCACUGCUGGGCAAUGCCGUCUGCUCCUACAUGGCCAAGUAUCUUUUUGAAAGUGGCAUGCUUUCCCCUAAAUACGACUUCCUGGAUGCUGUCGUUUCCAAGCACAGCAGGGAGAUCAUGGACAAGACGACCCUGGUUGGAAGUGAGAAUAUCAUCCUGGGAGAGAUGGCACCAGUGCGUCCAACGAUCGGAUCCACAUUUACAGAAACGUUCAUGAACACAGAGGUCCUCAGUGAUGGAGAGAUCAGUCCAGAUUCCAGUAAUGAACAUGAGUAGAGGAUUUUCUGGGGCUGGUUUGGUGGAUUUAUCCUUUUCGUCGUUUGUGAACUCACCAGCUGUCUCAAUGUUUCUACUAAUAUAUUUGUGAUAAAACAGCACAAUACAGAACUACAGAUUAAACAUGUGCUGAGUCUGUAGAGUCUGCCUUUUGAAUGUGUCUCAUCAUAAGACUGUACAUAACAAGUAUCUCGAGUUAUGAAGUCGUGAGAAGAUUUGAUCUUCAGAUCUCCAUCUCGCCCCUAUGUUGAUUCUGAAGAAGAAAAUGUAAGGUUACAUUUAAAUCAUCCCAUAGUUCUAUGAACAGCAGUAACUCCAUAUUAAUUUCCUGAGUGUUCAUUGAUCAGUUGCACAAAAAACAAUGAUAGACACACAAAUCCAUCAGUCACAGUGAGAGGCAGAAUACAAGUUUCUCAACCGUGCUGUAUUAUUGCAAAUGUGUUAUAUAUUUUCUUAAUUUAUGUUUCAAAUCAUUGCUUUUAAUGCCCCCAACACUAGGAGGGUGAGGACCAGUGCACCCCUCCUCUUAUACAUGUAAAGUCAGACCCCAUCUCUUGUCUGCAGGCGUCAGACCAGGAGAUCGUCUGGGUGAUGAGGAUCACUUUGUGUUUGGCGCUUUGGCAACUGCCAUGGCCCUCCUGACGUGAACAGUGUCCGGACUGUGGUAUCUGAGCUCCGACCUGAUCUACACCAUCAUCUUCCCACAGCUGAUCAGUGUGCUCUUCAUUAAGGGUACCAAUACCUGCACAUCGGUGGAGGGGACCAUACCUUAAACUUCCCCCUUUUACCUACUACCUGGGGUGGAUGGAAGAAGAGAAGGUACACCUUCUGACCAGAGAAGUGGAACAUGUGGUGCAGAGGUUUCCCUUUAGAACAGCCGCCUCCUUUCCAUCUGCCUCCAAUCAGUGCAGCAUCACUGGGCAGCAAUAUGCUCAAAGGAAAGUGCCGGAUCCCCAACACUGAUACAUCAGCAAACAGACGACUGUACCAACCAGCAUCACAAUGGGAGUGACAAGGGGAGAGAGUGCCACCUACUGUACCCACCCAAAGAGAAACACCACGACCUACUGUGCUCUCUCAGGCUCCAGCUGCUGAUGGUUAAGCAGCAUGAGCAGGAUUAAAAGCAGAGAUGUUCAGAUCAUAGUCAGGCUUCUAAUCUGGUGGACCAAUCAGAGUUCCUCAAAUGCAUUAUUAAUAGAAAACUGGGAAAAUGCAAUGAGUUCAUGGAAACAAGAGGGUUCUGCAGAAAUUAGUAAACAUGUGUAAACUGUUGUAAGCCAAAUUGUUUAAAGACUUUGUGCAAUAUACAAAAAGGGUGAAAUCUAUUUUAUUUAUCUAUUUUCUUUCUGCUUAGAGUGCUCAAGUAUGAGCAAUAAUAUUUUGAUACCAUUAGCCACUGUACUGUAUAUAGCUGCAGUAUUCAUUUUAAGAAGUACUUUAUAAAUAUAGAAGAUAUACUGUGCUUCAGUUCAGCCUCAACAAUCUCAAACACAUAUUACUGAGUAGUUAUUGUCAUAGACACGCACAAUAGAGAACUACACGGGUUGGACAAUGAAACUGAAACAUCUGGUUUUAGACCACAAUAAUUUUCUGUCCUGACAGACAGUUCAGGUGGAAACAGGAGAGUUGAGGUGCACAUUGAAUUCUGCCGUGAUUUGGGCAGCUGUGGUGUUAUGUAUUUUGGAUACAAUCCGGGUUAGCACUCGAACAUCUCUUUCAGACAGCUUUCUCUUGCAUCCACAGUUAAUCCUGUUGGAUGUGGUUGGUCCUUCUUGGUGGUAUGCUGACAUUACCCUGGAUACCGUGGCUCUUCAUACAGCACAAACACUUACUGUCUUGGUCACAGAUGCGCCAGCAAGACAUGCACCAACAAUUUCUCCGCUUUUGAACUCUGGUAUGUCACCCAUAAUGUUGUGUGCAUUGCAAUAUUUUGAUCAAAACUGUGCUCUUACCCUGAUAAUUGAAUCUUCACACUCUGCUCUUACUGGUGUGCAAUAGUAAAGAUUGGCCACCAAGCUGGUCCAAUUUAGCCAUGAAACCUCCCACACUAAAAUGACAGGUGAUUCAGUUUCUUUGUCCAACCCCUGUAGAAGUAUCUUGACCACCAUACUGGUAUUCCUCAUUAUAAAUGGUUGACCAUGAAUAUAAUUCAAGCAAAUUCCCAAAUCUCUGUAUCUUAUUAAAAGUUGCAGUAGAAUCUGAGGAACAAAUGUUAGCUUGAACAUGUACUGUCUUAAUAAACUAGGCAAAUCUU